GCCUGACAGCCCGUCCCCGGGGCGCACGGGGGUGCCGAGCGGCAGCGCUCUCCCGCCGCCUGCGGGGGAAAGUUGGGGCUCUGGCUGGCUGCGCUCGGGGCGCCCCGCUCCUGCCCCGGCCUGGGUUUUCCAUUUUUCUCUUUUUGUUUCUCGGGGAGAGCCGGAGAAGGGGGAGGACCAGGAAAGCCAGAGGCCAGGCUUUCUCCCCGCCGCCCCGUCUCCCUCUCCCUGCAGCGCCGGGGGGAUGCUGGAAACGGCUGUGAGUUCGCAGCGCCCGAGAAGGGCGGCGAGAGGCGUGUGAGCUCCUGCCGCUCCCCGCGGCAGCCGCUGCCCCGCGGCGCCCCGCCGGCCCCCUCUUCCCCCGGGGCCGCUCGCAGCCCCGCACACAGCCGGCCUCUGCCGCCCCUCGCUGCCGCCGGCGGGGGCUGCCCACCCCAGCGGCCCAGGAUGCAGUUUCGCCUCUUCUCCUUUGCCUUGAUCAUCCUGAACUGCAUGGAUUACGGCCACUGCCAAACCGGCCGCUGGAGACGCAGCAAGAGAGCUAGCUAUGGACCAAAUCCAAUUUGCAAAGGCUGUUUGUCCUGUUCAAAGGAUAAUGGGUGCAUCAGAUGCCAACACAAGUUAUUCUUCUUCCUACGAAGAGAAGGAAUGAGACAAUACGGUGAAUGCUUGCAUUCCUGCCCAUCGGGGUACUAUGGACUCCGAACGCCAGAUAUGAACAGAUGUUCAAGAUGCAGAAUAGAAAACUGCGACUCCUGCUUUAGCAGAGACUUUUGUACCAAAUGCAAAACUGGCUUUUACUCGCACAGAGGCCGCUGCUUCCGAGGAUGCCCCCCUGGAUUUGCGGCCUUGGAAGAGCUUAUGGAAUGUGUGGAAGGCUGUGAAGUGGGUCAGUGGAGUGAGUGGGGAACUUGCAGCAGAAAUAACAAAACAUGUGGAUUUAAGUGGGGCCUGGAAACGAGAACAAGACAAAUUGUGAAGAAGCCAGCAAAAGACACGAUACUGUGCCCAACCAUUGCAGAAUCCAGACGGUGUAAAAUGGCCGUAAGGCAUUGUCCAGGAGGGAGAAGGCCAACAAAAACAAAAGACAAGAAAAAGAAGAAAAAGAAUUUGAUGGAAAGGGCUCAGAAGCAGCACAGCAUCUUUUUAGCGACAGAUAAAACAAGCCAGUAAAGACUUGAUUUUCUUUAAUAUAUUUUUUUUGCAAAGUGCACAAAAGCUGCUAUAUGCUCCUGCCCAUGGAUGCACUACGAUUCAGCUGCUUUGACAGUAUUGGUGGCAAAUAACUUGUGAAAAAGAAAGCCCACAAAGUUGUUUGUUUUAUUUAUAUAUUUUUUUAUUUUAUUUUUUCCUCUAAUUUUUGACCUGAAGACUUCAAGGUCAGGAGUGCACUGAGUUGAAUCGGUGGAAGUGGUGCUGAAGUGCGUCAAAGAUUUUGUUCUGAGUGCCUGGUCAACACGUUGACAUGGAAGGGAAGCAGGAAAGAAACCUGUCUAUCAGCAUUAGGCGGACUUGUGCAUAUUUAAAUAAAUAAAAAAAAGGAAGUCUUGGAGGUGUAGGUACUAUUACAUUUAUGGCCUUUGUUUCCUAUAUUUGUACAUUUCAAGAGUAAAUGGAUAUGACUUACCUACUUCAUGUUAAUGUACAUUGUUCUCAGCACCUGCUACAUUGAAACUGUUGUAUAAUAAAAUGGCUUUAAGACAAUAUACUGCAGGAAUUACUGCUUAGACUUAUAGCACAACAGACUCUGUGUACAUAUUACUCUCUCUACAUAUAAAUUAACGUAUUUACUGUACAUCUAUGCAUUUUUAUGUAUACUUUAUACAUGUUUAAAUUUAUGUCCUGUUGGUUUUAGUAAUAUACCUUAAAAUAAUCCAGUAAAUGUUUACUUUUUCCUAUUUUUUAAUUAUCUUCUCAAAUUUCUCAAUAGUUACAACUGGACUUAUUUUCUCAUUUGUAAAGCACAUUCAGAUGGCUAAACUACCUUGUACUGACCCUUGCAAUGGCGUGUCAGCUCUGAAGUAUACUUGCCAGACUAGUAAACCACAAAUCUUUUCUGCUAUUCUGUGCUUCUAUCUCAGCCCCAAUGUACUUUGUCUCAGAAAAAGAAGUGUAACUUUUUUUUAAGAUGAGGCACAAUGUCAAGAGAUGUUUUGAGUGUCAGGAGAGAAAUUACAUGGAAAGUUCUUGGUA